CGAGUCGCGUUCUCCUGCGCACCGCAACAACGCGUCCACGUUCGUUCUCAUUCGAUCUUAAUAAUUCGAUAUAAAUAAAUAAAAACAUUGUGAUUUUUAAACAAAAAUCAAACUAUUAACAAACAUGAAUUGUGAAAGUGAAAAUUUUAACUGAAUGUGUUAAAUUUUAGUGUAAAUUAAAAACGACUUAAUUUGUUUGAUUUUUUUGGAGGAGAUUGUAUAAUAUGCGGUUUAAGAUGCACGUGCAUGUACAUUUGGUUGCGUUGCUGACGUGCGGAGUGCUCUUGGAGGCGAGCGUGCGGCAGCUGGAGGCGGCACAACAAGGGCAGCAGCAACAAGCGCUGCAGGCGGAGAACGAGCCCUGCCAGCCGGACAAGCUCACCGUGUACAAGGUGGUGCUGCACACGUUCUGGUCGCGCGAGAAAUUCCCAAAACACUACCCGGAUUGGCGGCCACCGGCGCAAUUCUCCAAAGUUUUCGGCCGCAGCCACGAUAAAUCAUUCACGCUGUUCCGACUUGGGCAGCGCAGCUCCGCCGGCGUGAAGGCGUUCGCCGAGACGGGUCGUUCCGAUCAGCUCGAGGCGCAAAGCCAAGGCGAGGGUGGAGUCUACGACGAAUUCAACGCGCCGCCGAUUACAGCCGGCGUCGGUCGCACCGAGGCGGAGUUCUUCGUCGAUGGGAAUCAUUCUAGGGUUUCUUUAAUAUCACGGAUUGUGCCCUCACCGGAUUGGUUUAUUGGUAUUGAUGGUUUUGAUCUUUGCGUGAAUGGAAACUGGUUGGAUAGUAUCACAAUUGAGGUCGAUCCGAUCGACGCCGGCACGGACAACGGCUUCACGUUCACGGCGCCGAAUUGGCCGACCGAUCCCCAGGGCGUCGCCUACAGGAUCACCUCGCAUUAUCCUGCACAUCCGGCUGGGUCUUUCUUCUAUCCGAACCUCAAGCGUCUGUCUGCCAUCGGCACUUUUCAAUUUAUUAAAGUGAAAGAAUAUGAAUUAAGUGAAGUUUUUCAUCAUUCUGAAGACGCGCAACAUUAUGAGGUGUUGAAAAUGGAGCAUUUAACACCGAAUACCAUCAGUGUGUUUAAUGGUAAUAGUGACAUCGAAGCCGCCAUUGAAGAAGAACGCCGCGAACAGGAAAUGAUGAAUCAACGCAAUUAUCCCAAACCAAUCACAUCGACAACUACACAAGCUUCUAGCAGUUAUUCCAGUACGGUUGAUGACAGAUAUUUGAAUACCAUUGAUUUGAGGGACGACGCCAUGGUGGUGACGUCAGCAGCGUUGUUGCCAUCUGCAGUGAUGCCAAAAGGCGACAAGGACGCCAUCAUGAACAGCAUCGUCGACUCGUAUCGAACACACUCGAAGGACCAUCGUCGUAAAAAGUAUCGCAAAACCAAGAAAAUACGUCCACCCCGAGAUUGUAGAGUAAGCGAAUGGUCAUCCUGGUCAUCCUGCAGCAAGUCCUGUGGCAUUGGUGAAAUGCAACGUCGCCGAGAAGUGUUGAAACAUGCACGUCGUGGCGGGCGACUGUGUCCCCCUCUCGUCGAGACGAAAUGGUGCGGAUCAGCGCGAGCCUGCAACCAAGGUUACUUCAACUGGUAACUCACGCGCACAUAACCCAAAACACACUGUAUAAUUUUGAUCACAAACGAUGAAAUGAAACCGAAUCGAUAAUAAUAAAUAAUAAAAUUUAUAGUUAAUGAAUAAUAUGGACAUUCGAAGAUAGAAUUCAAUUAAUUUAAAUGAAACAAUAACAAAAUUUCGUUUCAAAAGCAAAAACAAACAAAAUUCUAAUUAACGGAAGUAAUACAUCACAGCCGGAUUACAACAAAACGACAAUCGAUCAUUUGAUUAACCAACUCUCACUGCUAAUCAACUAAUUACGAACAAAAUUCGAUAAGAAUGAAAAUACGUCCGUUUAAUAUCGACGUAGGAAAAAAAAUCAUGCGAAAAAUGGAUUGAAGUAAACACACAUAAAAUGAAAUUAUACAUAGAACACUUAAGACUUUACGUGUGAUAGUCCUUUUCUUAUACUUCUGAAUGCCGUUAAAUGUUACGUGGGUUUUUCGAACCGACAAGUUUCACGUUCAAGCCGUAAACUCCCACCCAACGAGGAUGUGUGUAAUGUAAUGUAAGAAACAUUUUUUCAAUGAGUGUAGAAUUGUACAUAAUCUCUUUAAAAUGAAACACAUACAAAUUACACAUAUAUAAAAAGAAGAAAAAAACGAUUUAGGUACAAAAUUUCAAACUCGAACAUAAAAAAAGUAAAUUUGUUUUUAACGUUUCAGAAAAUGAAAACAAAUGAAUAAAAAAAACGCAAAUAUUUGUAUAUGUACUUUUAAGUGUAAAGAAAUAUCUCAACAUAGAAUCGAAGCAUCGAAUGACAGACGAUGAUAAAACAUUUAACGUAAAAAAACAGAAGAAAAAAAAUUAAACUAGCUUUCGUAAUAAAACGUAACAAAUAUAUUUAAUAAGACAUAUAUUCAUUGUUCAUUGUCAUGAUUGUCUUUAAGAAAGUUUUCGGUUUGUUUCAAGAACAAAAAACAAAAAGUCAAUAACUAAAGUGCAAAUCACAUUGCAAUACAAUUUUAAAAACAUAAUAAUUUAGUUUGAAUUUAGAAUACGUUGUAAGUAUUCGAAUUAAUUACCAAAAUGAUUAAUACUAGUAUUAUGUUGUUCGUAAUAUGCGCAUAGAAAAGAGAGGUUGCUUUUAAUUUACAUUAAUUAACAACACACGCUCACUAACGCAAAAUGGCGGCGCUGCUUAGUGUGCUCACUGCUCACUAAUCCCCUUCUCUCGCAAAGCCCACGCCAGGCUUUUCAAUCUCAGUCUAAUUAUGUGUCAAUCAGUCUGUCGCACACUUGUAAUGAUUUGAUUAAUUAUAAUUAUCAAUUAGAACAACGGCGAAUGAUUGUAAUGAUGACAAAAUGGCGGAGAUGCAAACGUGGUGAUUUUCUCACUGUCACGCUCAUAAAAUAUACUUAAUAAUAAUGUAAUCCAUUAUGAAUAUGAAUGAAUAAACGUUAUAUUUACAAAAA